AUGAGCAUGAACUACCUGUCCGCGGCGCCCGCGCACAGGUCCACGUCGUUUUUCAUUGAGGACAUCCUGCUGCACAAACCCAAGCCGCUGAGAGAGGUCAUCCCCUCGCCCUUCUGCAGCUCCCUGGCCUCCCGGAUGCCCAUCCUGGAUUAUGGCUACCCCCUGAUGCCAACCCCAAUACUGGCACCACAUCCGCACCACCACCUCCACAAGCCGGAGCACCACCAGUACUUCUUCACUUCCGGGAUGCAGAUGCCGGCCCUGUUCCAGCACCACGCGGAGCUACCGGGGAAACACUGCCGGCGCCGGAAGGCCCGCACCGUGUUCUCCGACUCUCAGCUGUCCGGCCUGGAGAAGAGGUUCGAGAUCCAGAGGUACCUGUCCACCCCGGAGAGAGUGGAGCUGGCCACUGCGCUCAGCCUGUCCGAGACACAGGUGAAAACGUGGUUCCAGAACCGGCGGAUGAAGCACAAGAAGCAGCUGAGGAAGGUGCAGGACGAGCGGAAGAGCCCCGGGGAGAGGUCCGGGGAGAGGUCCGGGGAGAGGUCCGCGGAGAACUCCAGCGAGAGCGAGGAGAGGAGCGCGGAGGAGCGCGCGCCGCAGCCGGACUACCUGCUGCACGAGGACGAGGACGAUGUGGACAUUGAGGAGGACAUUUGCUCCCCGGACCAUCUACUAUAGUAGAGGUCGGUUUGUACCGGGCAACGCCACACUGUAAAUCACUGUAGAUAACACCGGCCGCUCCCUUUCAUUUGAUACGCGCGUUACCGUUUAACGGGGAACGGCUGCCUG